CCACAAGUCGCUAGUUCCGCUUCCCCCUUCUCGCCAUAGCGGAAUUACCAUCGAAGGGCCCCCAAAAGAUAGAAGGGGGUUAAAAAAGUUGCACUGUACAUAGUUGUCAGCUUUUUUUUUACUUGAAUCUAUUCACGCCCUACUUUCAGAUGAAGUCUUGUACUUUCCCUGGAUUUAACAACAUCUUUUAAAGCACCGAAGAAGGCUUGACCGCAGGAAGUCCAGGAGUUCUCUUCACGUUUUAACUGCCGUGGAAGCUCUCCGUCCUUCCUUCCUCUUCUGCCGGCACAUCCUGCUGCGGUUCAUGAGCACACACGUGUGUUUCAUGCUGAUGUGAUCCACCCUCUCCGCUUGCCGCCCUGUCCGUCCUGUCCCCCCCACCCCUGCCCCCUCCUCAUCUGCUGCUAAAAAAACAAAAACAAACUCUCGCGUGAGCAAUGUGCGACAACGGCGACCCCGAGGACAAGCCCCCGGCGCCGCCUGUCCGCAUGAGCAGCACCAUCUUCAGCACCAGCUCCAGCAAAGACUCGUUGUCGGCGAACCAUAGCUCCAAGCCACUGCCUUCGGUGCCCGAAGAAAGAAAGCCUCGCAGCAAGAUUAUCUCAAUCUUUUCCGGCGCGGAGAAAGGCGGAAGAAAAAAAGAUCGAGACAAAGAGCGACCGGAGAUUUCGCCACCUUCCGAUUUUGAACACACCAUACAUGUUGGCUUCGAUGCUGUCACUGGAGAGUUCACUGGUAUGCCGGAGCAGUGGGCUCGGCUACUUCAGACUUCUAACAUCACCAAGUCAGAGCAGAAGAAGAACCCGCAAGCCGUGCUUGAUGUUCUCAAAUUUUACGACUCCACGGGCAACGGGCGGCAGAAGUACCUCAGCUUCUCAUCUUCUGAAAAAGAAGCAUUCACUCCAGGGCCACAGUCUCCAGUCAAAAAAGGGGCGGAGCCCGCAUCUCCGACAAUCAAAGACAUCGAUGACGAUGAUGAUGAUGAAGCUCCGCCUCCCGCCGUGGCUCCCAGACCGGAACACACCAAAAGCGUGUACACACGGUCCGUCAUCGAUCCCCUGCCCGCGCCCACCCCGAGCACGGACGGCGAUGCGGCGUCUAAAAGUGCCGACAGACAGAAAAAGAAGGGCAAAAUGUCGGAUGAGGAGAUCAUGGACAAACUGAGAACAAUCGUCAGCAUUGGCGACCCCAAAAAGAAAUACACCAGAUAUGAGAAAAUUGGACAGGGAGCUUCUGGAACAGUCUUCACUGCCAUUGACGUUGCCACAGGACAAGAGGUUGCCAUCAAACAGAUCAACCUCCAGAAGCAACCCAAGAAGGAGCUGAUCAUCAAUGAAAUCCUGGUUAUGAAGGAGCUCAAAAAUCCCAACAUUGUUAACUUCCUGGACAGUUUCCUGAUGGGGGAAGAGCUAUUUGUGGUGAUGGAGUACCUGGCGGGCGGCUCGCUUACCGACGUGGUCACCGAAACGUGCAUGGAUGAAGCCCAAAUAGCCGCCGUCUGCAGAGAGUGUUUACAAGCGUUGGACUUCCUGCACGCUAACCAGGUCAUCCACAGAGACAUUAAAAGUGACAACGUGCUGCUCGGCAUGGACGGUUCCGUCAAGCUGACCGACUUCGGUUUCUGCGCCCAGAUCACUCCAGAGCAGAGCAAGCGCAGCACCAUGGUGGGCACGCCCUACUGGAUGGCCCCUGAGGUGGUGACCCGCAAAGCCUACGGGCCAAAAGUGGACAUCUGGUCACUGGGCAUCAUGGCCAUUGAGAUGGUGGAGGGAGAGCCUCCCUACCUCAAUGAAAACCCCCUACGGGCCUUAUAUCUGAUCGCCACCAACGGAACACCCGAGCUACAGAACCCUGAGAAGCUGUCGCCUGUUUUCAGAGACUUUCUCAACCGAUGCCUGGAGAUGGACGUGGAGAAGCGGGGUGGCGGAAAAGAGCUCCUGCAGCAUCCCUUCCUGAAGCUGGCCAAGCCUCUUUCCAGUCUCACGCCGCUUAUCCUGGCUGCCAAGGAGGCCAUGAAAGGCAAUCGUUAAGAAGACCCCACACACAUGCAUACACAACCAUUUAGAAUUUGUGCCAGACAGAAAGGUUGAGAGUAAAAAAAGUCACUGUGAAGACCAAAAAAUAUCAAGCACGAAAGACACAUACAUCAUCAUCCGCUGUCCAUAUGAAGUCUCUGACAAACUGGUUAGGACUGGGCUUGUAUUUAAUGAAGAAGACGCCUCGUUCUAGUUCCUAGUGUUGUUGUUUUUUUAAUCAACUGCCUUAAAUGCAAAACUGUUGCCUAAUGUAUUGUUGAUUGAUGUCUCUCCUGUGAUUUUUACUACCUUUUUGUAAUUUGACCUUUCUCUGCUCUGUCAGUGUCUUUUUAGUUUGUUUUUUUUUUGAUACUUGAAUCUCUCGUUCAACUAGUUCAUUUGACUGCUUUUAUAGGAAACAUUUCAAGAGCACGACGGUGUCUUUUCAUUUCACAAAAUGCACACGACAGAGCUACUGUACCACGUUAGUCCCUUGAUAGCAGAGGUGCACCUUACGGGCAAGUUCAUUUUACAUGAACAGGGUUUAUAUUUUCCUCUCUAUUGUUGAUAUUAAAAGUGGAA